AUGACAAUGGAAGACAUUAAGUUAGAAAAAAGAGGAUGUGGAACAUCACCGGAACUCCAAGUGUUGGUAGCGUUAAGAUGUUGGGGAAGGAGAGAGGCUCAAGAUGAUGCUGCAGAAUUGCAUGGCCUAACACAACCAACUGUGUCAAGAAUAUGUGCUAGGGUAGCGCGGGCUUUGGCAAGACACGCAAGAGAAAAAAUCAAAAUGCCCAGCAACUUAAGCGAAGAACAAGAAGUGAUGAGAGAAUUUAAAGCAAUAAAAAAUUUUCCUGGAAUUAUUGGUGCAAUAGACGGCACCCAUAUAAAAAUAAAGAAAACAGGUGGAAGUCUUGCCCAAUAUUAUAUAAACAGAAAGGGGUAUUAUUCUCUCAAUAUACAGGUCGUUUGUGAUGCUAACCUUAAAAUAAGGGACAUAGUUGCUAGAUGGAGAGGAAGCACACACGACUGCCGCAUAUUUAAUGAAUCAAAUAUUAAAGAACGUUUUGAAAACAAAGAUUUCAGAGGUCGUUUAUUAGGUGAUUCAGGAUACAAAUUGCAACCAUACCUCUUUACUCCUUUAUUAAGACCUCAAAGCGAAAAAGAGAUUAAAUAUAAUAAAGCUCAUAUAGCAACGAGAAAUACGGUGGAACGAUGCUUCGGGGUAUGGAAGCAGAGAUUUCGUUGCUUGCUGGAUGGAUUAACAGUAAGUCUGGAAAAUGGAAAAACUUUAAUUAUAGCUCUGGCUGUUCUUCACAAUAUUGCUGUUGAAGAAAAGGACACAACACCAGAUGAUUCUAACAUAGAUGUGACAAUUGAUAUACAAAAUAUAAUGGAAGAAAAUCAAAAUAAUUGGACGGAACAACAAGAUACUCGGUCAAAAAUUAUUUUAAAUAGUUUUAUUCAAAAACACUUUUAG